AUGUCGUGCUCUAACGAGACGGAUUGGGCUUGCUGCAGCAACUCGAUGCCCGCUUUCUACCGCACCAACGGCGUGGCCAACGCGGAUUAUUUGCUGCACGUGACGGCACGUCCCACAAUAGGAGCUGUCAUUGCGUGGGCGCUACCAUGCAACCUGGACCAGUUCGGCCGCCCCAUUUCAGGCCAAGCCAACUUUAGUCCGUCACGCUUGAAUCCUUCGGGAACUACCGGCGCUAGUCGCACCGAACAAGUGGGCACGGCUCUACACGAGAUGACACACGCGCUGGUUUUCUCUCAACGACUUUUUGUCAACUUUCGUCAGCCACGGAACGGGCCACUCUGGAAAUAUGAUAACGUGGUUGUACAAACCAAGGGGACUGGAGGAAUAACUGUAAGUAAGAUCGUCACGCCACAGGUUGUCCAACAGAUUAAGCGGCACUUUAACUGUUUCAACUGGGCGGAUGCGGGGCUGGAGCUGGAGAACGGAGAUAAGGGUGGUUCUUCGUUUAGCUCUCACUGGGAGAAACGCGUCGUUAUGAACGAGUACAUGAGCGCCAUCAGUGCGUAUGAUCCAGUGUACUCUGCUCUCACGCUAGCGCUGUUUGCAGAUAGUGGGUGGUACGAAGUGAGCUUCUCUCAAGCCCAGCCGCUUCCGUGGGGAUAUCACGAAGGCUGUGGGAUUGCAAAGUCUCGAUGUUCUCAAUGGAGCGACCGCUACAUCUGCACGGACAAGUCUCAACGCGGGUGUACAGCAGACUAUAACGUCAAAGGCUAUUGCAACGUUGCGAGCUAUAGCUCCAGUAUCCCUGCGGGCUUUCAGUAUUUUAAGGACCCUCUUUUUGGUGGCCGGGACACAUUCGCAGACUAUUGUCCAUUCUACCGCGGUUACAAUAAUGGAGAUUGCCGUGGAAUUGGACGAACUGCGACGAUUUUGGACACGAAGAAUAACAUGGAAGAAGCUGGAUUGUCUAGUAAAUGUUUCCAGUCCAGUCUGAGUCGAGCUUCCGGUGAUUCUGCUGCAUUGCGGCCUACUUGCUACAAAGUACUGGAUUGCUCGGCGACUACGUUAACGUUGUCUAUCGGUGGGGUCAAAGUGCAGUGUCCUGCUGAAGGUGGGGAGAUUAAGGUUGCUGGGUAUAAGGGAAAGCUUGUUUGUCCGCCCAGCUCACAGAUUUGCCAGCUUCUACAGGACAAAUGCUCCGGUAAUGGAGUACUUCUUCCCAGCGGAGAGUGUGACUGCUUUCCAGGUCACACAGGUGACGACUGCUCUGGAAUUGAAUGCCCAAGCCACGAUGAUGCUGAGUGUGGAGGCAGUAGUCAUGGAAGCUGUGACCGGAGCACGGGGAUCUGUUUAUGCGCUAGUGGGUACACGGGCGUUAGCUGCUCGGAGCUGCUGUGUCCUAUGGAGAGCAACAGCAAAAAUGUCACGCAGUGUUCUGGUAACGGCGUCUGUGAUGUGGAUACCGGGGAAUGUACCUGUCGUAAUGGGUACUCUGGUGACGCUUGUGAGUGCGUUCCGGGCUGUACCAGCUUGUCUUGUGGAGCUAAAGGCGAGUGUAGUUGUGAGUCUGGUGCUUGUACAUGCUCCGUGGGAUUCUCGGGUGUUUCCUGCUCCGUUGCUGGAAAUCCUGACGUGACGGUGUUGACAGAAGAUGGAGUAAGUGUGACAGUCGGGGCGAAGCAGUACAAGUUUUUCAAGUUUGCUUUAGAUGCAAGCUCUUACGAUGUCACCUUUAUCGUAGAGUACCCAUCCGGUACUCCAGCUACGACUGACGUGGACUUAUACGCAUCAUUUGAUGAGAAAUUUCCGACGGCGAUGACAGCCAGCAGCAUUCGUUUUUCUAGCACUAACGACGCGAAAGUUAGUGAUGAAAUUAACCUCUGUGGGUCACUUGGCGUAUUCCCACGCGGUCUAAAAUCUACGUCGCGUAUUUGCAGUAAAGCAACAGAAGCCUAUACUCAAGCAGUACCUGGUUAUCUCUACCUGUCGCUGCUCGGGUUCUCCAGUGGCAAUUCUCUCGUGCGUCUACAUGUCGAGACGGACAAAUGUCGUGGCGUUACAUGCUCAGGUCAUGGUACUUGCGGUCACAACAUUCCCGUGUACCGAAAUGCGGACCUGACUGCCAAGAUUUAG